AUGUUGAGACCUACGUUAGGUGCGAGAAGCCACGGUUUACUCAGUUAUAAUAGACUAUUUUUAAGGUUGCAAUCCACUAUAGCGAUUCCUAAAAUGCAGAAGGGGGUCAUUUUUUAUGAGAAUGGUGGACCUUUGACCUACAAGGACAUGCCGGUACCAGUACCAAAGCCAAAUGAAAUCUUGAUUAACGUCAAGUAUUCAGGUGUAUGUCACACAGAUUUACAUGCAUGGAAGGGUGAUUGGCCUUUACCGGUGAAAUUACCAUUAGUUGGUGGUCACGAAGGUGCAGGUAUCGUUGUAGCCAAGGGAAGUAACGUAAAAAAUUUUGAAAUUGGUGACCUAGCAGGUAUUAAAUGGUUGAAUGGUUCAUGCAUGGCCUGUGAAUUGUGUGAAAAAGGGUAUGAAUCUAAUUGUGAACAUGCUGACUUAUCUGGUUACACACACGAUGGUUCAUUCCAACAGUAUGCGACUGCGGAUGCUACACAAGCUGCACAGAUCCCCAGAGGCACGGACCUAGCAGAGGUGGCCCCAAUCCUAUGUGCUGGUGUUACCGUUUACAAGGCUUUGAAGACUGCUGCUUUACAGCCGGGCGAAUGGGUUGCAAUUUCCGGUGCAUGUGGUGGCUUAGGCUCCUUAGCUAUUCAGUAUGCAAAGGCUAUGGGAUUGAGAGUCCUUGGUAUAGAUGGAGGUGAAGCCAAGGCGAAAAUGUUCAAAGAACUAGGUGGUGAGACUUUCAUUGAUUUCACCAAGUAUAAGAAUAAUGAAGCUAUGAUUAAAGAUAUUCAAGAAGCUACAAAAGGUGGCCCACAAGGUGUAAUCAAUGUUUCGGUUUCAGAAGCAGCCAUUUCUGCUUCUACUCAAUAUGUGAGACCAACUGGUACUGUGGUAAUUGUCGGAAUGCCAGCAGGUGCAUACGUCAAGUCAGACGUGUUUUCCCAUGUGGUUAAAUCCAUCAGUAUCAAGGGAUCCUACGUUGGAAACAGAGCAGAUACCAGAGAAGCCAUUGAUUUCUUCUCUAGAGGGCUUGUAAAGUCACCCAUCACUGUUGUCGGACUUUCCGAAUUACCAAAGAUCUACGAGUUGAUGGAAAAGAACAAGAUUCUGGGCAGAUACGUCGUGGAUACAUCCAAAUAG